AAUAAUAUUCUUCGUUGAGGAAGAAGGUUGGAGGGGGAAGGAGGGAAUUGGAUUCUUGAAGGCGAUGCAACCGCCUACCCUGCUGUCUCUCACCAUCGACUCCGCCCUCCGCCACAUCGCCCACAUCGCCGAUCUAUCCGCCAUCCCUGACCCCAUCGUCCUCGAGCUCUUCUGGAAAACCUUGCAGGCAGGAAAGUUGACAGAGAAGGUGUUGAAGCUAUUCAUGGCAACUGGCAAUGAAGAUAUUCUAUCCUUUGUUCAUCGCCUUAAUAUUAAACCAACCCUUACCCCCGUCCUUCCGACCAGGUGCUCCGAGAAAUUCUAGAUCACACAGUGUUCUUUUUUUGCAUUUAGAUUUUUUCAUCGUGUCCUAAAAGAGUUGAUGUUCACAUGGUGAUUGCUGGCGCUUCAACCUAACCUCACUGCUUCUCUGAUAAUGUAAGGGAGGUUAUGCUCGUUUUCUCUUGAGCAUUAUAGAAGAUCCCGACAUGGAUGGCCAAAAAAUCUUCACUGCUUUUCUGGUGAUAAUUAUCAAGGUCUUGCUCAUUCCUUUUGAUGACUAUAGAAGACCCUGACAAGGAAUGCCUCCAAAUCCCAAGGUGCUACACCGGUUCUGACAUGGAACAAUUGCACUUGUCACUGUAAAGAAUUGUCUAUCGGCAAUUGUCUUUCGGCACAGCACACAGCCAAUGUACAGACAUCCACCACAUAAUUCUUGUGCAACACAGUCUAUGAGCCAUAUCUGAAGAUUUUCUCUGUGGAUAUCAUUCAGUUGGGGGAUAUCUGAAUGCUUGGUAUCCUGCAGAGUGGACUUGAAUGUUAUCGAAAAUGGUGCCCCAACUAAGAUUGUGACUAUGGUGUCCUGCGGCUUGUGGCUUGGGAUGCCAUGUUGACUGUUUCACAGAGGGUGAUGGUGCCAGUUUCAUGGCAUCAAUGUUGCUCAACAGUAAGGUCAUGGGGCCUGCAUUGUUUCCGGAACUGUGUUUGACAGGCAUAGGAAGGAAGCUGGCACAAGACCGCGGAGAAUAUAUGAUGGGCAUAGCAGCUUAAGGUGAUCUUCAUUUGGAACUUGAAAUGAAGAGUUAGAUGCCAUAAGGGGGUUGACACAUGGAGUUUGGAAGAUAUAAUGGGAAGGGCUGAAGCCAAUAAAUGAGGUUGUGUGGCUUAUUCCAAUCAGUGAGGCUCCACAGGAUGUCAGUCACAGCAUAUCUUUUAUUGUUAUCGCUAUGAUGGUUUAGCUGCAGAGGUGGUGGAAAUGUUGCAAGCUCCGGAUCUCAACUGUCAAGGGUCAUAAGGUCGAUUGGGCACCUUCCUCUCUCCUCUUCUGAGUUAUCUGCUGGUCUUUUUACUGCCACAAAAUGAAUAUGGUUGUGUUCUCUAAGAACACUUCAAGUUACUCGAGAAUGGAUUUAUGAAGUAGAUUAUUGAUUUGCAUUAGCAACACCGGCAUGUCGCUGGAAUUCACUGCAAGUCAUGAAUGGCCAACUGUGCCAAAGCUAUUAUUGUCCCUUUGGGGGGGUUCGCAUGCAUUGUCCGCUCCACAAGCUUGGUUUAUUUUUGGUUCUUGUGUUUACCAGAAUGAGGCUAGUACUAUAUUUUUUUUGGAGUCUCCCACCAAUUAAAAGUGCAGGCAGGAAAGUUGACAGAGAAGGUGUUGAAGCUAUUCAUGGCAACUGGCAAUGAAGAUAUUCUAUCCUUUGUUCAUCGCCUUAAUAUUAAACCAACCCUUACCCCCGUCCUUCCGACCAGGUGCUCCGAGAAAUUCUAGAUCACACAGUGUUCUUUUUUUGCAUUUAGAUUUUUUCAUCGUGUCCUAAAAGAGUUGAUGUUCACAUGGUGAUUGCUGGCGCUUCAACCUAACCUCACUGCUUCUCUGAUAAUGUAAGGGAGGUUAUGCUCGUUUUCUCUUGAGCAUUAUAGAAGAUCCCGACAUGGAUGGCCAAAAAAUCUUCACUGCUUUUCUGGUGAUAAUUAUCAAGGUCUUGCUCAUUCCUUUUGAUGACUAUAGAAGACCCUGACAAGGAAUGCCUCCAAAUCCCAAGGUGCUACACCGGUUCUGACAUGGAACAAUUGCACUUGUCACUGUAAAGAAUUGUCUAUCGGCAAUUGUCUUUCGGCACAGCACACAGCCAAUGUACAGACAUCCACCACAUAAUUCUUGUGCAACACAGUCUAUGAGCCAUAUCUGAAGAUUUUCUCUGUGGAUAUCAUUCAGUUGGGGGAUAUCUGAAUGCUUGGUAUCCUGCAGAGUGGACUUGAAUGUUAUCGAAAAUGGUGCCCCAACUAAGAUUGUGACUAUGGUGUCCUGCGGCUUGUGGCUUGGGAUGCCAUGUUGACUGUUUCACAGAGGGUGAUGGUGCCAGUUUCAUGGCAUCAAUGUUGCUCAACAGUAAGGUCAUGGGGCCUGCAUUGUUUCCGGAACUGUGUUUGACAGGCAUAGGAAGGAAGCUGGCACAAGACCGCGGAGAAUAUAUGAUGGGCAUAGCAGCUUAAGGUGAUCUUCAUUUGGAACUUGAAAUGAAGAGUUAGAUGCCAUAAGGGGGUUGACACAUGGAGUUUGGAAGAUAUAAUGGGAAGGGCUGAAGCCAAUAAAUGAGGUUGUGUGGCUUAUUCCAAUCAGUGAGGCUCCACAGGAUGUCAGUCACAGCAUAUCUUUUAUUGUUAUCGCUAUGAUGGUUUAGCUGCAGAGGUGGUGGAAAUGUUGCAAGCUCCGGAUCUCAACUGUCAAGGGUCAUAAGGUCGAUUGGGCACCUUCCUCUCUCCUCUUCUGAGUUAUCUGCUGGUCUUUUUACUGCCACAAAAUGAAUAUGGUUGUGUUCUCUAAGAACACUUCAAGUUACUCGAGAAUGGAUUUAUGAAGUAGAUUAUUGAUUUGCAUUAGCAACACCGGCAUGUCGCUGGAAUUCACUGCAAGUCAUGAAUGGCCAACUGUGCCAAAGCUAUUAUUGUCCCUUUGGGGGGGUUCGCAUGCAUUGUCCGCUCCACAAGCUUGGUUUAUUUUUGGUUCUUGUGUUUACCAGAAUGAGGCUAGUACUAUAUUUUUUUUGGAGUCUCCCACCAAUUAAAAGUGCAGGCAGGAAAGUUGACAGAGAAGGUGUUGAAGCUAUUCAUGGCAACUGGCAAUGAAGAUAUUCUAUCCUUUGUUCAUCGCCUUAAUAUUAAACCAACCCUUACCCCCGUCCUUCCGACCAGGUGCUCCGAGAAAUUCUAGAUCACACAGUGUUCUUUUUUUGCAUUUAGAUUUUUUCAUCGUGUCCUAAAAGAGUUGAUGUUCACAUGGUGAUUGCUGGCGCUUCAACCUAACCUCACUGCUUCUCUGAUAAUGUAAGGGAGGUUAUGCUCGUUUUCUCUUGAGCAUUAUAGAAGAUCCCGACAUGGAUGGCCAAAAAAUCUUCACUGCUUUUCUGGUGAUAAUUAUCAAGGUCUUGCUCAUUCCUUUUGAUGACUAUAGAAGACCCUGACAAGGAAUGCCUCCAAAUCCCAAGGUGCUACACCGGUUCUGACAUGGAACAAUUGCACUUGUCACUGUAAAGAAUUGUCUAUCGGCAAUUGUCUUUCGGCACAGCACACAGCCAAUGUACAGACAUCCACCACAUAAUUCUUGUGCAACACAGUCUAUGAGCCAUAUCUGAAGAUUUUCUCUGUGGAUAUCAUUCAGUUGGGGGAUAUCUGAAUGCUUGGUAUCCUGCAGAGUGGACUUGAAUGUUAUCGAAAAUGGUGCCCCAACUAAGAUUGUGACUAUGGUGUCCUGCGGCUUGUGGCUUGGGAUGCCAUGUUGACUGUUUCACAGAGGGUGAUGGUGCCAGUUUCAUGGCAUCAAUGUUGCUCAACAGUAAGGUCAUGGGGCCUGCAUUGUUUCCGGAACUGUGUUUGACAGGCAUAGGAAGGAAGCUGGCACAAGACCGCGGAGAAUAUAUGAUGGGCAUAGCAGCUUAAGGUGAUCUUCAUUUGGAACUUGAAAUGAAGAGUUAGAUGCCAUAAGGGGGUUGACACAUGGAGUUUGGAAGAUAUAAUGGGAAGGGCUGAAGCCAAUAAAUGAGGUUGUGUGGCUUAUUCCAAUCAGUGAGGCUCCACAGGAUGUCAGUCACAGCAUAUCUUUUAUUGUUAUCGCUAUGAUGGUUUAGCUGCAGAGGUGGUGGAAAUGUUGCAAGCUCCGGAUCUCAACUGUCAAGGGUCAUAAGGUCGAUUGGGCACCUUCCUCUCUCCUCUUCUGAGUUAUCUGCUGGUCUUUUUACUGCCACAAAAUGAAUAUGGUUGUGUUCUCUAAGAACACUUCAAGUUACUCGAGAAUGGAUUUAUGAAGUAGAUUAUUGAUUUGCAUUAGCAACACCGGCAUGUCGCUGGAAUUCACUGCAAGUCAUGAAUGGCCAACUGUGCCAAAGCUAUUAUUGUCCCUUUGGGGGGGUUCGCAUGCAUUGUCCGCUCCACAAGCUUGGUUUAUUUUUGGUUCUUGUGUUUACCAGAAUGAGGCUAGUACUAUAUUUUUUUUGGAGUCUCCCACCAAUUAAAAGUGCAGGUCAGUGCAUAUGAUGUGUGUGUGUAGUCUUUGUUACAUAUUGUGAUCAAUUGAUCAUGAAUAAGCCAACACAGGUGGUGCAACAACACGGUAGCUAUAUAGUGUUUUCAUGAAAUCAGGGUUCGUUUUAAUGCUAUUUAUCAUGUUAUUUUCUUUUUUAA